AUGGCGAUAACUAGGAGAACGAACAUGGAAGAACAUCAAACCGAAGAAGAAGAGCACGUGGAAGUGGUAGAUGAAACUGAUCUUUCGGAGACUGUUCGACUGAUGAAGCGAGAGAUGGAGAAAAUGAAGCAGCAGCGAGAAAAGGAUGCGAGGGAGCUUUCAGCCUUGAGAGCCGAGAAUGAGGCGUUGAGAAAUCAAGAUUCAUCGUGGAAACCUACUCAGGCCACUAACACGCAAACCCAGGGGUCAUAUCAAUCCCAGGCAGUACACACCUCGGCCCCUCAUGCCUCGGCGGUGGCACCUCAAAAAUUCCCUUCGGUCAUACCAACAGUAGGCCGACCCACAGAUUUGGCAACUAUCGGAUCGCACCGACACCCAUUCACUUCAUCCAUCAUGCAACUCUCUUUGAUGGACAAUUGGAAAUCUUUACCUAUCGAUAAGUAUGAUGGUACCACUGACCCUGAUGAACAUCUCGAUGUUUUCCUUACGCAGGUAACCUUGAGCACUACGGACGACGCUGCCUUAUGUCGUAUCUUCCCAACGUCUCUCAAAGGUAGGGCCUUGAGUUGGUUCACCCGACUACCUCCCAAUUCAAUCGAUUCUUUCAGCACCUUGUCGUCACAGUUCACUAUCCAGUUCGCGACAAGCCGUCCCCAUAGCUUGACCUCUCUGUCACUAGUCAGCCUUCGGCAAGACAAGAAGGAGACGCUUCGUGCGUUCAUGGAUCGGUUCAAUAAGGCAGCCCUAGAAAUUCGAGACCUCAACCCGGCCGUAGCGCUUCAUCAUCUGACCACAGCGCUAAAGCCGGGGCCAUUCGUCAAUAGCCUUUGCAAGAAACCUCCUACAGAUAUUAACGACCUGCGAAGAAGAGCAGAUAAAUAUAUGCAGAUGGAGGAGUUGGCCGAGUUCCGAAAUCAAGCCCGAGUUGAACCGUCGGGAAAGCCCGAAAAACCGGCGGAACCAUCCUAUCGGGGGCGAGGUAAGGAGAUCACACUUCGGGAUCGGCCAACGCGGGGUCCGAAGUACACUCACUACACUCCACUCAAUGCAAGCCGCGCUGCAGUUCUUGAACAAGCUCUAACAUCGGAGGUUCUGGCCGUCCCAAAAAGAGCUGCCACGCCACCGCGCGCCGAUACUAGUAAAUCUUGUCGGUACCAUCGCAAUAGGGGGCACUCUACCGAAGAGUGUGCGGCCCUCAGAGACAAAAUUGAAGAUUUAAUCAAGCAAGGGCAGCUUCAUAAGUUCGUGGAUCGGUCUGAUUCGCAACGCCAACGUCAACCUAGACAUGACCCACCUCGGCAAAAUCGCGCCGAUAGACCUCGCCGCGAGCGAAGCAGAUCACGUGAGAGGAAAGAUGAGCCGACAUCUUCCCAUAGGCGAGUCAUCAACACCAUCGCGGGGGGAUUUGCGGGAGGAGGUUCAACCUCUUCGGCGCAAAAGAGGCAUUUACGCGCCGUCCGGUCGGUCAAUAUGGUCAGUCGGCAACCUGUUCGAAGAUUACCCGCUAUAACCUUCACUGACGCUGACUUCCAAGGGAUCGAUCCCAUACAAGACGAUCCAAUGGUAAUUAGUGUUGAAAUCCACAAUUGCAUAAUCAAGAAAACCUUGGUGGAUCAGGGCAGUUCGGCCGACAUUUUGUACUGGAAUACCUUCAAGCAGUUGGGGAUCUCAGAAAAAGAACUCAUGCCAUACGAUGAUCCCUUGGUUGGAUUCUCGGGAGAAAGAGUCAGUACCAAGGGGUACAUUAAGCUUUUCACUCGCUUCGGUGUCAACGAGCAAGAGUACAAGGAAAUCCAAGUUAAGUACAUAGUGGUACAUGCUAAUACUUCCUACAACAUUCUCCUCGGUCGGCCGUCAUUGAAUAGGUUGGGAGCUAUUGUCUCAACACCACAUCUCGCAAUGAAAUUUCCAUCCGACAAGGGAAAAAUUCUUACAAUGCAUGCCGACCAAAAGGCAGCUCGAGAAUGUUACUUCGCUAGUUUGCGAGUAGCCCCCGUGGAAGAAAAGCAAUCGAAGUCAAGGAGAGUUCACGUGGUAAACCCUAUGGUAGCAGAUAAAUCCUCGGCAUGGGACUUGGAUCCAAGAAUGAAUGCAGAUGAGCGAAUGGAGUCAAUAGAAGAAAAAGUUGCAGUCCGGAUCGGCCCCGAUACAUCGCAAGUCACGUACUUGGGAGCCGGAUUAUCUGAAUCAGAUCGCCGUGCGUUAAGCAAGGUCAUUCAGAAGCACGGAGAUCUUUUUGCAUGGAUCCCCUCAGAUAUGCCAGGCAUCGAUCCUAAGGUUAUGUGCCACAAGCUCUCUGUUUGCCGAGAGGCCAAGCCUAUAGCCCAACGAAAAAGGAAGAUGGGCACCGAAAGGAAACUAGCGGUUGAAAAUGAAGUGGCCAAACUACUUGAAGCGAGGUUCAUCCGGGAAGUACAAUACACAACAUGGCUUGCUAACGUAGUUAUGGUCAAAAAACCAAACGGAAAAUGGCGAAUGUGCACGGAUUACACCAACCUGAACAAAGCCUGCCCAAAGGAUGCUUAUCCUUUGCCCAACAUUGAUCGUCUGGUUGAUGGUGCCUCGGGGCACAACAUGUUGACAUUUCUCGAUGCCUAUUCAGGAUAUAAUCAGAUCCAAAUGCACCCACAGGAUGAGGAGAAGACGGCUUUUAUCACCGACUCGGCUAACUAUUGUUAUCGAGUAAUGCCAUUCGGCCUUAAGAACGCCGGUGCAACGUAUCAACGACUUAUGAACAAAAUAUUCAAAAGUCAGAUCGGCAAAAAUAUGGAGGUUUAUGUGGACGAUAUGGUUGUCAAAUCCAAUAACCUUAAUCAUCACAUCACAGACUUGAGUGAGAUCUUCCACCAAAUUCGGCAUUAUAACAUGAGACUCAAUCCAGAAAAGUGCGUCUUCGGAGUCGCAGGCGGCAAAUUCCUUGGCUUCAUGCUUUCGGCCAGAGGCAUUGAAGCCAACCCUGAUAAGUGCCGAGCCGUGAUCGAAAUGCGAAGUCCUCAAAGUGUCAAAGAAGUACAACGAUUGGCUGGUCGGCUUACAGCUCUGUCAAGGUUUCUCCCAUGCCUCACAGAAGUAGCAAAACCAAUCUUGAAACUUCUAAGAAGAACAAAGAAAUUCGCAUGGCCCGAAGAGUGUGAAACGGCUUUUCAAGCGUUGAAGUUGCGUCUCGGAACGCCCCCAAUACUCUCUAAGCCCGACCCAUCAUCGGCCCUUGUGGUAUACCUGUGUGUCUCCCAGGAAGCCAUUAGCUCAGUCUUGAUACAAGAAAAAGAAACUCAAGUGCCCAUUUAUUUUAUCAGUCGCAUGUUGCAAGACUCGGAGAGUCGGUACCAAUUACUUGAAAAAGUGGCACUCGGAUUGGUUCACACUGCUCGGAGAUUGCGGCAAUAUUUCCAGGGACAUAAGAUUGUGGUUCGAACUGACUGCCCUAUCGCUAAGGUCUUACGGAAACCCGAGCUCGCAGGCCGAAUGAUGGCAUGGUCCGUUGAACUGUCGGAGUUUGACAUAUCAUUCGAGCCAAGGGGGCCGAUUAAAUCACAACACUGGGCUGAGUUCAUUAAUGAGUUGCAACCUAGUGGUCAAUUCCAAAGCGAUCAAUGGACAAUGCACGUUGAUGGCUCUUCGAACAACGUUGGCAGCGGGGCAGGCAUAAUUCUUGAAGGACCAAAGGGGAUUAUCCUUGAGCAGUCAAUGCACUUCGGAUUCCGAGCCUCCAACAAUCAGGCCGAAUACGAGGCGCUAUUAGCAGGGCUAAGAUUGGCAGAUGAUAUUGGGGUUCGGCGUUUAAUUUGCUGGACAGAUUCACAGAUUGUGUCGGAGCAAGUUAACAAUCACUUUCAAGUAAAGGAUCCCAACCUGCUCCGUUAUUAUCACCUCUUCCACAACAUGUGCUCCAAGUUCGAUGAAAUACAAGUACGACACACGCCAAGAGAAAACAAUGAACGCGCCGAUCAACUAGCCAGGUUAGCAAGCAGUUCCAGAAAACCAGGUCAGCUAAGAACUACCUUGCACCUAGAAUUACCCACUCCAAGCACCGCUAUGACCGAUAGCAUGGUGGUAGAAGAAACAGGAUCAGAAUCACCCGAUACAUCUUGGAUGACCGAAAUUCUUAAUUUCAUUCUCCAUGGCAAGGAACCGGAUGAACCUUUAUCCGCUAAAAACCUACGGACUAAAUCUGCUAGAUAUUCGGUCAUAGGAGGACAAUUGUACCGGAGGGGUUUCUCAACCCCGUUACUCAAAUGUGUAGACUCGGCACAAUCUGAUUAUGUAUUACGGGAGAUUCAUCAAGGCAUUUGUGGAUCACAUUCGGGUGGACGAACCCUCGCAGCAAAAGUGUUAAGGGCAGGUUAUUAUUGGCCAACCAUCAAGAGUGAUUGUGCACAAUUCGUCAAAAAAUGCAUUCAAUGUCAAAAGCAUGGAAAUUUGAUCCACGCCUCGGCAGAACAACUUCAUACUAUCAGCUCGCCUUGGCCAUUCGCUCUGUGGGGCAUGGACUUGCUCGGCCCAUUCCCCAUAGCCAAGGGCCAGUGCAAAUUCUUGUUGGUGGCAGUUGAUUACUUUACAAAGUGGAUUGAGGCCGAGCCACUUGCUACCAUUACGGCAAGUAAUGUUCAGAAGUUUCUUUGGAAGAACAUUAUUACGCGUUUCGGAAUACCAUACGCCAUCAUCACUGACAAUGGACUCCAGUUUACAGAUCGCAAGCUCAACAAGUUUGUGGAAGACUUGGGUAUUCGACACCGCUUCACCUCAGUCGAACACCCACAAUCAAAUGGGCAAGCUGAAGCAGCGAAUAAGGUUAUUCUUGGUGAGUUGAAGAAACGCUUAGGCGACGCCAAAGGAGCUUGGACCGAAGAGUUGCUGGAGGUCCUAUGGGCCUAUCGGUGCACACCACAGUCAACAACAAAAGAAACUCCUUUUCGGCUAACGUAUGGUACGGAUGCUAUGAUUCCUGUUGAAGUGGGAGAGCCAUCGUUUCGGAGGCAAUAUUUCAAUGAAGACAGCAAUGAGGCAUCCCUCCGGGCCGAAAUCGACAUGGUCGAUGAAGUUCGUGCCCAAGCUCAGAUUAUGGUGGAAGCUUGCAAACAGCGAAUGGCAAGGCGAUUCAACUCAUCACUCGUCAAGAGGGAGUUUCAGAUAGGAGACCUCGUGUGGAGGGUUCAAGGGUCGGCAAGACGCAAUCCUAGGGAAGGCAAGCUGGCGGCUAAUUGGGACGGCCCGUUUCGUAUUCGCCAUAACCUUGACAAUGGAGCAUAUAAGCUCGAGGAACUGUCGGGCAAGGUCGUUCCAAGAACAUGGAAUUCGUCUCACCUGAAAGUGUAUUUUAGCUAG